GUCACAUGUACGUAAUAGUGAAAGUAAAAUGUUGAGGUGUGGUUUCCAUGUGGAAACUUUAUCAGUUUCUUGGGCGUAACGUUGCUGAUAUCUUCUAAUCAUGUGAAAAUCUACGUGUGGGUACUCUGUUGCAUUUUAAGAAUUCAAAACUUCUAUGAAUCUGUAGUGCCUGUGAUUUUUAAUAGGGGUAGGAAACGACGUUGAAUGACAGGUAUAACUAAUGGUAAAGGUUUAGGUUUAUAAAAGUGGGUUUAUGCUAACAGGAUAUUCUCUUUCAGUGGAAAAUAUUUAUUAAAAAAUGUGAAUGGUUUAAAAAUUCUUAGAAAUGCCUUCUACGCAGCCGCCCGACAGUCCGAUUUCAUUCAGUCGAUUUAAUGUUGGAAGGAUACCACCCAAAGUUCAGGAAACUCCUUUUGGGAAGGUCCGUGCAUUCAGUACCUUUACUGUCUUGGAAUGGAUUUAUCUAGCAGUUUCGAUUAUUGCUCUUACUGUAUCACUCGGUAUAACAAUUCAAAGACUGACAACUGAAAAUCCUAGUGAAAGUGAUUUUACAUUUGCCAUUUUAUUACUUCUUACUAUAGUGUUUUGUUACCAUUAUUCUGUCCAUUCAAUUUUCACUGAAAGAUGGGAUGAACUUAUGGUUUUUGUUAUUAGCAACGUAAUUGUUUUAGUAUACUGCAUUUUAAAUUACUUGACUGGUGAGCAGCCAACUGUUAAAUUGGUCCGUUUAAUUCUAGUCUGUACAUUGGGCCCAUUUCUGAUCGUUGUUGGAAUUCUUCUGAGUUUCCGAUACUGUAAAUCGAAUAAUUUGAUAUAUAAUACUGUUGGUGCCAACAGCAGUUUACAGAAGGCAUGUCGAAUGUACUACAUCUGCAGCUCCUUGCUGAAAUUUGAUUUGCAAUUACAACUGAGUAUGGUGAUACUGGUAAUGGCCAGAGGUGUUAUUGACAUGUCACUUAGACAAAAAGUCAUCUUAGCCUCAGGUGUGCCCAUUUCUUUUCUUGUCUUCAUUCUUGGUGUUCUAGGUCUGAGGUAUGAGAAUAAAACUUUGAUGGUACUGUUUUACAUCUUGGGGUUGCUGGAACCUAUAUAUAUCGUAUACAAGUUUUAUUGGACUGCAAAUUUUGAAGACAGCGAUAAUGCAACCUAUGACAGCACAUUUGCCUGUGGCUAUUUUGCAUUAGUGAUAUGGGUCUGUCUUAUUAUCUCAACAGUGUAUUUCAUUCUUUAUGGCUUUGGAAAAGGGUUAAAAGAAAAAAGUAUGUAG